AUGUCGUCGCUAGUGCUAACGCCUAAGCGUUAUUUGAUUCUAACGAAUCCGGCGACAGGCCAGGUGAACCCGCUUCUCUCUAUAGCUGAGGAGCUGGUGAAUCGUGGUAACCAGGUGGUGUUCAUGUCUUCGGAGCCUAUUUUCAAGAAGCUCAAGAAAAUCCAAUCCCGCAUGGGAUUCAUCGUGCAGCCUGAAAGCACCCCAAGCCCAGAGUAUGUCAUGCGGAUGCCUCUGGUGUUCUAUACGCUUGGUGACAACGAAGUAGUUGCCGACUACACAGACAAGGCGGCGAAACUUUCGGACCAUUUCCACGAAGUUCUCCGAUCCAAGCCUGGUCAGAUCUGGGCAUGGCUUAGUAUGUUUGCUGAGCACGUACCUGGUGCGACGGACUCCUACGGUGAGGUGGUUUUCAUGAUCCGCGAUCUGAUCGAAUCACUAGACCCUGACAUGAUUAUUGUCGACAACUUUAGCGCAUUUGCUGUGGAUGGUGUUCGCCUGACGAAACGUGCUUUUAUCGAGACCUCUCCUGCAGCUGCCUCGGCUGUGGCAAGCAAGGUAAAUAUUUUUCGCAACCCUAUGCCCAUGAGCGGUGGUCGUUCGGCUACCGGUGGUAUCUUUGUCUUUUUCCACAAUCUGUUGUUCAUUCUAAUCUGGCUGCAUUUUAUCUUCUUCAAUCGGCAUCCUGCCCAGCGCCGUCGCUACCGCAAGGAAGUACUCGGCCUCAAACCCACUGAUAUUAUCUGUGACUCUAUUAUGACGCCAACGCCGGGCAUGUUGCCUCAACAGAUCGCCACCAUCUCUUUUAACGUGGCCAACAUGGAUAUAUCCUUCGGAUGCGUAUGA